AUGGGAGAAAUCACUUACCAGAGAGCUCUGUUUGCAUCCCAUAGAGAUAAACCUGUGAAAGAAUCGGUCUGGAAACAGAACCAGCCUUUUGAAUUAGAAGAGUUUGCAAAAGCGCAACGGAAAGAGUACAACUCUGGAGUGAGUUCAAACCUUCACAGGAUGGAGCAGGGUUAGUAUCAUUUGGAUACGAUUAGUUACAAAUCAGAUUUUUCUCUGCUUACGAAAAUGAAACUUACUUUUAAAUCCAGGGAAAAGCAUGUUCAUCUUUUUAGGAUGUUACAUUUUAUGAGUGCUUCUAUUUUUAUUCACUAGCAUUACCAGGUAACUAAGUAUUCACUUUCCCUUGAAGAGAUAAAUUCAGAUUAACUUAUUUCUGGUGAGUAUUAUCCACAUGUUUUUCAUUUGGGUCUCUUAAACUGCUAAGCCAGCUCUGAAAGUAGGGGGAGCUGCAAACAAACAAACAAACAAACAAACGAAAACAAAUAAUAAUUCACCAGUGAAAUCAGGUGUUUGUUCAUCUGAACACCGUGACUCAAGUUUAUGAACACUGGCAUCUUGUAACAGUAUGUAGCUGUAUGGGUCAGCUGUUCCAGCUGCAGCUCAGAACAGAUGUCCCAGGGGCCUCCAAGACAAAACACAGCCUAAAGCCCGUAUAAUUUGUAUGGCAGCCAGUGCGUGCAGGGAUUUUGCCACAUUCUCUCCCUACCUCUAUUCUGCAGAACCUCUUGGGUAGCACAGCUCUGCUGCUAGUGCAGGCUGACAGCAUAGCUGGAGCUUUGGGACACCCAUCUCACACAUUUGGCCAUGAUAUUUUGUCUUGAGAGGAGGAGAAUUGGGUAUUACCAUAAUCCAAUUUGACUUUGCUAACACUUUGUUCUUUAAAUGAUAUCUUAAAACUGCUUCAGAAAUAGUGAUCACUCUAAAUUUUGCAUGCUGUAAUUGGGAGCUGGAUGCUUGGGAAAUAUUUAGUGAGUAAUUUUCCUUCUGCUGGAGCUCAUUUUUCAGAUGUGGAGUCACCACUCAGCAGCCCAUCUCCCAGUUACUCUCCAAGACAGACAGAAAGCUGCCUCAGCUCCAGUCCUGACGUGUCUGAAGAGGAAGAUGCAGCCAGAAGGAAGAAAUAUGUGGACAAGCAGCACCUCCAGACAGACAAUGUCAACCUCAUCUCAGCCUCUGAAAGCACAGAGUCCUUCAGGGCUUCUCAUAAUGGAGCUGUGCCUCCCCAGCCCGGCAGCAGUCUGGCUAUGGAAGGAGACGGCCAUCUUCAGCAGAAACUCUCCAUAUCGCACAGCAGAGAGGAAAAGAAAGAGCGUGCUGCUCCAUGUGAGGGCAGCUUGUUGCCCCAAGCCCAUAAGAAAGCACAAGUCAUGCAGAGUGCAAGGUGCGAUGUUUGGGUGCAGACCGAGAGCUCUGGCCCACAAGCAGGGAAAGCGGAUGCGGCCACCCAGUGUGACCCCAUGCGGGUGUGCAGCUGUGGGCGCUCCCUGCCCUCUGCCCGUAGCCCGCAGGGGCUGCAUCCUCCCGGCACCGCUGGAGGGCACAAGUCGCCUGAGCAUGAGGCACUGCCGCCCUCAGGCAGCUCAGCGAGGACGGCAGCGCUCCCCUCUGAAGCCGAGUAUCUCGCUUUGGCUGACAGAACAACGCUAGACAUUCUGGACUACAUUGAUACAAUGAAGGGGAGAGAAAAGCAGUGACCAGCUGAUAUGGCAUGGAAAGAAACAGAAAGAAUGCUUCCAAAUUUUGUCCUGUUCCCAGUAGGUUUCAUUUAACAGGUGUAUUUUGAUUUUUCUAACCUGGCUUGAAAAAAUAUCGUUUGUAGUCUGCUCACUUAUAAACUAUGGAUCUCUGUCUAUCAACUGCCAUCUCUGACUUUCUGUAGAUCUCAAACUGAUAACAUAGGAUCAAUUUUACAAUAGUUUAAUAAACAUAAACUUUAGGAACUAGAUUUGCUUUCCCACUUGUACGGUUCUGGAGCUCGAAGGUGACUUUGCUUCUCUGGAAAGGAGAGGAAAGGUUCCAUUUCACUUCAACGCACGUCUGAUGUGACUUAGUUCAAAACUGUUGUCAAAUUCUCACCCAUUUGAAGAGGCAAAGCAGUCUUUGGUUUGCACUAAAUAUCAAAAUGGAAAUAUGAAAAUGAAGCAGGAAGUGCACAGCAGCACACAUAAAGUCAAAUGCAAUUUUAAAAGAACUAAUUUAUUCAUUUUUAACAAAAAAAAAUCCCGCCAAAACCAAACAAAAACGUCAGCAGAAAGGCUUAAGCUUCUUCUCACAGCACAUCUAUGGAUUCGUUCUCUGACCGUUAACACUGACAAAUAUUGUAUGUGUUUCUGUAUUUUGCCUGUGGGUUGAAAGUAUGAAAUUAUUCCUCCUCAUUGCAGUAUUUCUGUAAGGCUGCAAAUAACAACAAAGCAAUGUUUCUGAUAAUAUUCUCUCUGAGUUAUGUUCUUUCCCUUUAAAAAGAUUCCCAGCAAAGAUGGCUCACUGUGAUGCUGCCGCCAUCCACUUAUGUAUCCACACAUCUUCACACACACGUGCAAAGCUGUGUCACGCAGCGCAGGAGCCGUGCUGGUAUGAGGUCGGUGUGUUGCACUUGUUCCCUUGGAGCCGUUGUCAGCAGAUUCACUGCCCUUAUUUCCAUGAGGUCAGCUUCUUUUGGUUCUCCAUUCUGUAAUAAAGGCUGUGUGGUUGUAGGGGUGCGUGCCACGCAGCACUGAAGAGCCCCUUUGCCACUCUUUGUUCUCAUCACCAAACCAGUGGCUCCUGAAUUUUCUGCAUUUUCUGCCGGCACCUGCAUUUAAAACUAGAAGAGGUUUUUAAAUUGGUCAACAGUUUGCAUGUUUAUGGCUGUGCCAUUUUAAAAACAGCACCUCUCAGUGGGCUUCCCUUCACCUUGAAGAAAAUAGCAUUUUCCCUUAUGUAAAUAAAUUGACACAGGAAGGGAUUUGAACAGCCAAACUGCAGCACUGUGUAACUAUCAUUUACCCAACUCACCUCCCACAUCUUAAGGCUCGACAUAAGCAGAUUUUCUCUUUUAGCUUGCCUCAAUUUAUUGUCAAAGCAAGCUGCCAUGUCAUUUCUUAGCUGAAACUGCUGUGAUCAUGUUCUUUGCAGGGGGGAUAAUUUAUCUGAAUAAUCCUUGUGGUUUCCCGAAGGCUCAGCAGUUCUCAGUGCUCUGUAAGUCACAGUUGAUCACUCAGCAUUAUGAAACUGCCACACCAGCCCCUGCUGGCUCGAGGCAGGGCAUUUCUACGGCAAGCACUGCCACAGCCAGCUGCUCUGCUCCUCUCAGCCCAGCUCCAUGGACUUGCCUGUGCUCCCCUUGCUCAGCCUUCCAGCCUGCAGGCUGUGAAUCACAGAAUACCCCCAGUAAAAGGGACCACGAGGAUCACAGAGUCCAGCUCCUGACUCCACACAGCACCAGCCAGAACAUAACUCUAUGACUGGAAGCAGUGCCCAAAUGCUCCCUGAACUUCAGUAACCCGGUUCCAUGCCCACCGCCCUGUGGUGCAGACC